CUACAAAGUUUUUUGUUAUUAUUUAUUACUUCCACGCUAACAAAAAUCACUAACAGCAUUUCCGUUUUGUUCUCCUUGCAGAUACAAAAGUAGCCGGGUCCGGUGCUAAGGUCAAGCGAUCGCCGCCGUCCACAGAGUAUAUCGCCAUCCACCUCAACGUUACUGCCCCGCGUGGUCCUGAACCGCAUCGAUCCCCAUGAGUUUGAGCGCAUUCGAGUUUCGUACAAGGUUGCCAUCCGAAGCAACCGCAGCAGUCGUACUAAUAGCGGGGCUCAUCCUGGCAUGAACAUGGGCCAAAAGAUCAGUGGAGGUGUCAAAACGGUCAGCAGCCGUGACCAACCAUCGCCCUUUAUCCCGAAGAUCCCGCGCGAACUGGCGGCGCACUUCCAGCGUCCGGCCCGACUAGAUCUCCUGCUCGAUAUGCCACCAGCCGCUCGCGAAACGCCGAUCAAAUACUCCUGGAACUCGGAGGACCGCUCGCUCAAUGUGUUUGUGAAGGAGGACGACAAGAUGACAUUCCACCGGCACCCGGUGGCACAGAGCACAGACUGCAUACGGGGCAAGGUGGGCUUCACCAAGGGACUGCACGUGUGGGAAGUGUUCUGGUCGACGCGGCAGCGAGGUACGCAUGCUGUGAUCGGUGUUUCCACAUCCGAGGCACCACUCCACUCCGUAGGUUAUCAAAGUCUGGUCGGUUCGAACGACCAGAGUUGGGGCUGGGACUUGGGGCGCAAUAUGCUGUACCACAAUUCGAAAACCUGCCCCGGCGUCACGUACCCAGCGAUACUUCAGCCAGACGAGACCUUCCUAGUGCAGGACAAAUUCCUAGUAGCGUUAGACAUGGACGAGGGAACGCUCAGUUUCAUCGUCGACGGUCAGUAUCCGGGGGUGGCAUUCCGGGGGCUCAAGGGACGAAAGCUCUACCCGAUCGUGUCCGCAGUCUGGGAGCACUGCGAAAUCACCAUGGAGUACAUCGGUGGCCUCAAUCCUUUAUCGUCUUCCUGCAAUCCACCAUAGAUGAAUUCAGCUCUAAUCUGAUAAAUCAGUCGUGCAACCAAUCCAUUUACGAAGUGGAGGCAAUCCGACAUUUUGAAUGCAAUCAUCGUUGCAGUGGUUCAACACAUCAGAAAUUUAAAAGCCCUUAUAAGCUAUGAGAUUGGAGACGCGUUCCUUUUGUACAGGCCAUUUUGCUAUUAUUUUCUUUUGCCUUCAAGUUGUGAAGGCAUGUACCGGCGGAUGAGAUCAGUACAGCCGGAUAGGAAGAUGACCCGAUACGGUCUAUCAAAAGGAUUGGUACAAACAAAUGCUGGAACAAAUCCAGUCUAGGGCUCUAUUGCAGCAUCGAAACAAGCCACAAGUAUGCGGAUGCGGCCAAGGCAAGUCUCGUCAUCAGUGAACUGACCUUACACGAGACCCGCAGUAAGCUGAGCAGAAGGGCACGGCUAGCCAAGUAGUAGACAUCUGCAAACAAGGUGCAAAACGGGUUCGACAUGACCGCCUUGAGAUUGUUCGCCAAGAUAACAACUUUAAGCC